AUGGGAUCCGUGAGGCGCGCGUCCAAAGCGCUGCCGAGAUAUUUGGCGUUUUUGGAAUACGACGGCGCAAAGUUUCGCGGCUUUCAGCGCCAAAAUCUCGGCGAACGCGCGACGACGACGGUACAAGACGCCCUAGAUGAAGCCCUGGAGACGUUCACGGGGAAUCGGGGCGCAGUCGCGAGCGUGGGGAGCUCGAGGACGGAUGUCGGCGUGCACGCGACGCGAAACUCGGCGCACUUCGACUGUGGGCGCGUCGGUAAGGAUGGCUCGAUGGACGCGUACGAUUCAGAGAGCGUGCGGAGGGGAUUGAAUUAUCACUUGAAAUCACGCGAGCGAGCGAUGCGGGUGACGGAGUGUGUCAGGGUGGAUACGUUGAAUCCGACGUUUCACGCGCGGCACGACGCGGUUUCUAGACGGUAUCGAUACGAGAUUUUGGUCGGUGAUCGCGAUGAUGGCGGGAGCGUGUUCGAUCGCGACGGAGCGUGGUACUUACGAGCUGUCGUAGCGAGCGAUCGUGGGGCGAAGCAGACGUCUUCGAGGCGAUACACGACGUGCGAAGCAACCGGACUGGACGUGGAUGCGAUGCGGCGAGCGGCGAGCGUGCUGAUCGGCAAGCACGAUUUCAGCUCGUUUCGAGCUUCGGGAUGUCAGGCAAAAUCACCGAUACGAACGAUCACGUCACUAGACGUUGUCUCGCGCACCACCGAGUGGCCUUCACCGGAGGCUCGGGGAACGAGACAAGAGGUUUCAGUUCGUGUCGAGGCCCCAAGUUUUCUCUAUCAUCAGGUUCGUCUGCUCGUUGGUGCGCUUAAGUCGGUUGGUGCGGGUGACCUUACCGUGGACGAUGUACGCGAGCUUCUCGAGGCGAAAGAUGUCUCGCAGGCGCCGCAGAUGGCGCCCGCACACGGCUUGUACCUGAUGGAUGUGGGGUACUUGCCGAAUUACGCGUCGAGGACGCCGUUCUCAAAAGCCAAGAACACGGACACGGACGACGGCGAGGGCGACGACGAUCUUUAG